AGCGCGACCGAAACGCCCCGCGACGCCCAAACAACCACCGUCGACUUUUUUCCCAAUAUUCUGCGCUAUUCUGCGACUUGCUGUGCUUUGCAUCCGGCAUGCCGCUCUUCUGUUCAGCAGCACUGUUUUCUCGAUAACUAUCGCAGGCGCCUGAGCAACCGGUCUCAGCGACCGCACGACUGUUCGUGAGCCUUUGAACUAAAGACGGCCUAGCGCACGCACCACAUUGGUCCGAGGUUCACGGCUUGGCCUCUCUUCACUGCGUCCCCAAUUUCCCUGGCCAACAAUACGCAACGCUGUGCUCGAAACCAGCCAUGACGGAAGGAACCACCAGCGAGGUCUCUUCUCCUGGAAGCGGCUCAUAUCCACCUUCAUCAUGCGCAAACGCUCGUGCGCCUCUGGCCGUCCCACCACCCGUCUAUCUACCUCCGGUCGCAUUCCCGACGGGGGCACUUCCCGCCCAACCUCUCCGGCAGCCCACAACGGCAUCUCCAGCCUACAUGCACGAGGUGUUCACCGCAACGGAAGCUGAGAAUGCCGCUAACGCACGGACCCGCCGCUACAGUUUGUCGGACCUGUCGUUGAGUCAGAGACAGCAGGUUUUGCGAUACUUGAACAGACAAAGCAACCCGCAGGCGGAAGAAGAAUUGAAUCGAAAGCUGUAUGUGGUCUACCGCAACAAACUGCGAAGGACUUACGCCCUGCCCGUGCUGACGUGGGUGCCGUCGUUUGUCCUCAUACUAUACUAUGCGAUUUCCCAGAACAACACUGCGAGGCAGAAUGGUACUGCCCCCGAUUCCGGCAUCUACACGUGGACAGCCGUUGGUGUCUGGGUGCUUUUGCUACUUGUAACGUGCUCAGCGUACAUGGUGAAAGCCCUUCGAUUGAAGAAAAUGUCAGCAUUGGGGAUAUUGCAAACUCUAUCGGAGGAGGAGCUGAACGACAUCAUUAUGAACGGUGCGGGACUAUCGGCCCCACCAGACUAUAACCUGGCUGACGAACCAUUACCGGCUUAUCCUGCGGCAGGCGUACAGAGAAACGGGAGCGUGAGAUCCGUGGCGACAAGCGUGAGGACGUGGUUGGGCGGAAGACUGUCGCUUGCUAGAGGUGAAGAAGCAGCGCAACCGAGUGUGGGGAUGGAGGAGAUCCGGGUGGACGAGUUACCGCCUACGCUUCCUCGAUCUUCAACUUCAACGCCGGUUGCGGUUUACGACGACUCCAUACCGGCGCCGCCAUAUGUCCCAAGUGUACAUUUCGAUAGCUCGGCCAUCUCAGCUGCGCCCUCCCGAGCGCCUUCCCCUGCCCCGUCCUCACUUCGCACAAAGCCAUCCCAGGACGACAUUUUGCCGCAGCUUGUUGCUCAGAAUUUACCGCGUGCUUCGUCAUCGUCAUUGCCUUCUCGGCGGUCGUCGGUUGAAGACGAAGUAACACCGGCUAUUGCGCCGGCAGCGAACGUGUAGAAAUCGCCGAAAUCAACGCUUGGGAUCAGUGAAGCUCUGGGCUUGUAGACUCACUUUGU